CGGCCACGACGCACAUCAACAGCGAGUGGUAUCAGAACGUGUCUUUGGUGUCAUCUCGGUCGACUCAAGCCUUUUAAAUGAGCGCGGAAAUUGGUGAUGAACUGAAGAGACAGGGGUUUAAAAAGGUGGCAGAUGUGAAUGAACUUUGUCUGUCGCACAAAAGUUUGACGCAUUUAUCUGAUCUAUCAAGAUUCCACAAUUUAAACUAUUUGUGGCUGAAUGGAAAUAAGCUGAAAACUGCCAACUUCUUGAAAACGAAUUACAGACUUACUGAACUCUAUUUGAAUAAUAACAAGCUGAAAGAUAUAACAGGAUGUUUGUUCCACCUUUCUUGCUUGCAAACUCUGUUCCUGAACAACAACCAGCUGACAAGCCUGGAGAACUCGCUGAUGGAAUUCCGCAGAAUGACCUGCCUUUUGACACUUAAUCUGUUUCACAAUCCACUUUCCCAAGAGCUGACCUAUCGGACAACCGUAAUUCACCACGUACAAUCCAUUCAGCUCCUGGACAGAUGCGAGGUCAAAGAGGAAGAGAGAGCUGAGGCUAGCAGGCACUUCGAGGGAGAGAGAGAACGAGUGAGACUGUCGGUGGCUUUCGGCCGACGGGCAGAGUUGCCCCCCACUCCGUGCUGGCCGGCCAAGGCAGCCUCGACCGCACCAAGUUAUGAGGUUGCUAACCACUAUAAAAGAUCUCCACGUGAACAUCCAGAGGAAGCUGUUGUGGAGCGAGUCACCCAACGCUCAUUGAUGGAGCUCUCCCUGUUUGACUGGAUUAAUGUGCCCACAACUGAACAAAAGCGCCGUGAUGAAAAGAAAGACCAGCCUCCACGCCUCAUCGCAAUACACUUUCGCUAAACACAAUCAGCGUCCGCAGUGAACACAUUAGCUGUACAGCACUUGCCACCUUCAAAUAUGUUCAUCUGUAGCUAUGGAGGUGAGUUCAAGUCACAAAUUGAGGUGGGCUGCAGAAUUGAUUAGAAUUGAAUUUCAAGGACCAUGUUUUAGAGAUUAAAACACCUCAAUGUUUCUGAAUGAACUGUCAUGGGGUAUCGACACUGAUUGCUGACAAUUUCGAAAAGGCAUUACAUGUAUUUAAUUAUUAAAACAAGAGUAACUUUAUUUCACGUAUUUUAAGUCAGUAUAUACAUGGUGGCACACAAAACAACAUGUACAAUAGUUUAAUUAGAUGUGAACAAAAUUUCAAGCACAUAUAAAAAAAAACUGCUUUUUGUGCUUAGUUCGUGGUCCUUCCCCUAGCAGUUGGCUCCGUAUGUUGUUGGACUGCUUUGAAACCGUACAUAGCCAACCGUUCUAUUCGGAGGUGCGGGGAAGGACAACAAACUAAACAUUAAAAAAAGUUCUAAAGAAAUGCGUCUUCACUUACGGUGCGAAAGUUGAACAUGAAUACAAAACAAAGCAAAACGUAUGCAAUGCACGUGGGAACAUAUCAAAUAAUCACUGUCGUUUUGAUGAAAUCCCAAUAUAAUAUAGAUCUCAAAGCUUUUUGUUUAAAGGCUAAAUGAAUUGCAACUACAUCACAGCGUAUUUAACAUCUAUUUCAAACAACACAUUGAUCAAAGCCAAUGUAAACAAAUAUUGUCACUUUCUCUACAAUGUCAAAUUUAUCAUAAAAUAUUUUUUUAUAACAACUACUCUUCCUGAAUAAAAUGUUUGAAUGAGACAGGAGUCUAGUCAAAUGUUAGAACGUCAGGAACAUUUAAAAAAAGAUUUCCACUAAAAUUAUCCAAAUAAAUUGCACAACACUGAAGAAUACAAGUAUCAGUUUUCAUUUACAAAAGACCACAUUGUACUUCUUCUGGAAUCAAUGGCCCUAAAAAAUAAAGAACGAAAUGGUCCUGCAACAAUUGGCUGCUGGGAGAGGGAAAAUGCUUCAUCCUCAUCCUGGAAAUGAGACGUACUGUUAACUUUCACUUGCCUAGACGCAGAGAUUGCAUCUGCUUCAUCAUCCCCAUUUUCUUGGGUAUCCAUUUUGGACCCAUUGUUUUGUAAAAUAGGGCUGUCAUCUUCAUUGGCAAGAAUAUAGUCGACAGGCACACUCUGCUUCAGGGGUGACAUAUUCUUUGGUAAACCAUACAAGCUUUUGAUACUCUGUAUAGAAAUGCUGCUUGACUGCGGCUGUGCAUCUAGUUCUGUGUGGGAACGUAGCUUGUACCGUUUUGCAGACUGUGUGUUAUCGGGUGUCUGGAAAUCAAUUGCUCCUCUGAUUGAAUUAUCUGGAUUGAGGUGUUUACCAUGGAAACUUUGAUCACCACUAAGCCCACUGUCAUUUGGUCUUUUUCUUAGUCGCGAACUGUUAUUCGAAGUUUCAUUUUGAAUUACUGUGUCAGCUAUUUCAGAAUCUUUUGGUAACUCAUCAAGUGUUUGCUUUACAUCACAAUCCAAAGUUGUACCUGUUGACGUCUUCAACACAUCAAGAUUUGGAGGCGAGACAUUUUUCAUUUUCCUAGAAAGCAAAUUUUUUCUCGAUAAAAGAGCAUUAUUGUUCAACUGCUCUGCAUGUGUGCUACAUUUUGAAGGAUCCAAUGCUGACGACCUGAUAUCUAAGGCUACCUUGAGUAUCUGCUGCCCCUCCAACUCUGAUACAUGCUGUCGUUGACAACUGUGCUCAGGCUGUAUAUUUGUGUCAUUCUCAACUGAACAUGGAUCAUUAUCCGAGAUGUUUAACAGAACAUCUUCCUUCAAAGGUGCAUUGGCAGUUGCCAUUGACUCUCCAACAGCAAUUGCAAUGCCACUGACAGAAGUGUUCUGCUUGGAUUUUUCUGCGCACUUUUUUUCUUCAUCUGUUGUAUCUUGUGACACUUCUUGGGCGAGUGUGCUCCGUUUUGGUGAAUCUUCAUGCUGCUGUUGACCGUGGAUUUUGAUUGAGAUAUUCUCAUUCAAAAACCUCUGCACAGUCUUUUCUCCCAAUUUCAGAUUUCUGUGAACAGGAAUUGAAACAAAAUUUACUUCAAUUAAUUGACAACUGAACAUAUUCAAUAAUCUCUAGAUGACUGAGUGGUAAGAGGGAGCGGCUCGCAAUAAGAUGGUUGCAAGUUCAAAUCCUGAUUUGGGGGUCGACUCAGCUUUAUCCCUCCAGGGUGAAUAAAAUCAGUAGCCCUUUAUGGCAGCCAUAAGAAUAUGGAAUUUCCACCACUGGCUCAGGGCUGUAAAUAGAUGAGCACCUGCUCCAUGCUCAUUAGAGCAGGAAAUCAGACCUUUUUUGUAUAAAAAAAAUUGAAGGUUCAAACAGUUUGUGCAGCCCAUCAUUAAAAAUGCACGUAUUAAAUAUUUUGCUGUUAAGAAAAUUAACAUAAACAGUACCAUUUAGUUACAAAAUCUCAUUACCAACGUUAGGUUGCUUUUCAAAUAAAACUAAAGUUUAGCAUAAAUAUCAAUCAGUACCAUUUGAUAAAAUGAAGAUGAAACCCCCCAAAAAACAGCUCUUGCGUCCCAUACUAUCUGGCACGUGUCAAACAUUGCAGAAAAAAAAGUUGACCGUAGUUUAAAAGUUUAUUUUUGCUUGUGAACGAAGUUUAAAACGUGUGUCAUGUGGAAAAAGCACCCUCGGUACAUAUAUAGAACGACUUGGUUUUUUUCGGAUGGAACCAUCUUUAACGUUAACAGCACCUGAUUACGUGUCAUAUAACUGCGAUUUAGUUGUCAUAUUUUUACAUUCACAGACGGCAUCACAGAAUCUUACAAAGGGUUAUCUACAAAUUAUACACAAAAUAGUAAAUUCAGAUUUAUGAAGUGAAUUUGUCUGCUCUGAAGUCAGAUUUAACUUCAUGCCAUAUAUCACAAACAGGUGUUGUUACAUCUGCAGAUGAUUUGAAGGUAACCACAGAAAAUUGUACAAUUGCAGAAAACACUUUGAUAUUGACAAUACAGUUAGUAUCCUCAUAUCUGUGAUGGUUUGGGAGGACCCCCAUCAUGGGUUAACACAUUCUUAUAAAAUAGCAAUUUUCUUCCUGUCUGUAGAAAAAAAACUGUAUCGUCUGAAAUUAUCUGUUAAAAUCACAGAUAAAGGGGAUAGGAUGCAGCAACUUACAAAUGCAGUUGCAUACGCAGUAACUUGGAAAACGUUGUGAAGAUGACAUCCUCAACGUUUUUAAAUACCCAAAAUCAUAAUAAUCUUCAUCAACAUUACCAUAACCACUUUCAUCCAUUGUCUUUCACCACCAUCUCAGACCGGUGGCAAUUGGCACUCCUAAUUGUAAUCCUUAUCCAGGCUGUAACUGACCACAGCGACAUAAUAUAAAGUAGUAUUGUAUUUGAAUCAUGUGUGGUCACUAACCUCUCUGGGUGCCCUUCUAACACUUGUCCCAGUAAACUGUCAUAGCAGCAGUGACGUGAAAGCAGUGGAAAUGAUAAACCACCAGUAACUUACAACAAGUAUUAAUGCCAGCAACGACAUUAGAUGGUGGCUAUGGUAGUGACAAUGUCUAACAAAGUGUUCUUCACUCAAUUUCAGAGGUGGGGGGGGCACUUUUGCCGAUAAGACAUCAGUGUGAGGGCUGCCAGACAUUUGAAACUAUUGGGUUUGACGGCACGAGGGGGUGUUUUUAAAUGUGUGUAUUGUUGGAGGCCGCACAUCAGGGACCCCACUGAAGGCCACCAGGGGGCGUCAGUGGCCCGUGGGCCUGGCAAUAAAGAACUUUGGUCUCUCG